AUGAAAGGGGAUCUUAGUCCUAUCGACUGGGCAUCCACUCUCUCCGGCGAUGUCGAGGAGGUUUGGUGUCAGUUCAUAGAGUUAGUCCACAACCUCAUCUCCAACCACUGCCCAAUCAUGCGCAGAAGACUAGCAAGUAGACCCCGCUGGUUAACUCCGUUCUUAAAGAAGGAAGUUAACAAGACGAGGAAGCUAUGGAAAAGAUCCCUGACUGACCGAACGCCAGGAUCCCUAAGCAGUUAUAAGUUACAUAAAAAUCGGGUCAAAAUUCUCAUCGCCAGAGAUUGGAAAGCCUUUGAAAAGGAUCUUUUGAACCGUGCCACGGUUAAUUCCAAAAUCCUUUUAGCUCCAUAAGACACCGCGCACGGCACCAAGACCCCAACCCACUGCUGCGAACAACCGAGGGAACGGAAAUAUCUGAUGACAAGGAUAAGGCUGAACAUCUCUCUCAGUUCUUCCGGUCCGUCGAGACAAGUGAAACUGAAUUUUUCUCGCCUACUUUUGAAGACGAAGGAACGCCUACCCUCGAAGCCGUCUUCUUCACCGAAAAAAUUGUUCGGAAUGAGUUAAUAAACCUAAAAGAAUCGACCUCCCCAGGCCCUGAUGCAAUCCCGGCCAAGCUGCUGAAGGAGCUAGCUCCCGAAAUGUCCACGCCGUUAGCCUUGAUCUUCCAAACGUCAUUUGUUACUGGAUGCCUGCCCUCUGACUGGAAGUCCGCCAACAUCACUCCGCUUUUUAAGGAUGGAAGUUGUGCGUCAGCAAAUAACUACAGGCCAGUGAGUCUUACUUCCAUCUGUUGCAAAAUCACGAAGAAGAUCAUUAAGAAGGGCUUGAUGCAGUUCCUCGAGCAGCACCACCUCUUCUCCGAUGCCCAACACGGCUUUCGAAGUGGUAGGUCCUGCCUCACUAAUCUGCUCUUCACGCUCGAACUCUGGACCAAAGCACGCGAUGAAGGCAGUGUGGUGCACACCAUCUGCAUCGACUUCAAAAAGGCCUUCGACAGCGUUCCUCACCAACGUCUCUUGUCCAAACUGUGCGACGCUGGAAUUCGUGGACCCCUUCUUGUAUAG